AUGGAUCUCAGUUCAAUUUCCCUUCCUGCGCAGGCACAAUGGAUGCUGCCUGCCUCUACUGUCGUUUUGCCGUUUGUUCAGCCACCUGAUAUCGCCAAUGCCACUGCUGCAAGUCACCCUAUCCUCACAUUCUAUCCUAUUCGACUCUUUAUUCCGCCCGGAACCACCUUGGAGAGUCUCCUGGAAAAGCCGUUCCAUGUCCACCAUCAAGACUUCCUCGACAUCAUCGGAUUGAAUCCCACUCUGACCAAGAUUGCUGACUCCGGCACCAACCCCAUGUUUCACGAGGCCCCUGUCUGGUACCCCCCCACGGAUGAGGUGUUUUUCUGCCAGAACGCCGGGGCAAAGGCAGCAGGCACAGGGUUGAACCGCUCUAGUGUUCUCCAGAAAGUUUCCGUCCCCCAGGCUGUGUCGGUAUCCCACCUCCGCGAUGCCACUGGUCAGGUCAAGGUGGAGGUGGUGCCUUUUGAUCCGCCGGUGAUCAACCCCAAUGGCGGAACCAACUAUCAAGGAAACUUCAUUUUCGCUGGUGAAGGCCAAGGAUCCCGAGUGCCACCAGCGCUCUAUUUAGCCAACCCCGUUGCGCCGUACAAUACUACCCAGCUUGUCAACAAUUACUACGGUCGCCAGUUUAACUCUGUCAACGAUGUUGCCGUCAACCCCGCUAAUGGAGAUAUAUACUUCACCGAUGUGACGUAUGGUUACCUCCAAGACUUCCGACCAGAACCUGUGCUGCCGAACCAAGCCUAUAGACUCAAUGCAGUGACAAAAGCUCUGACAGCUGUUGCUGACGAUCAAAUCAAUCCCAACGGUAUCACCUUUUCACCAGAUGGAAAGUAUGCGUAUAUUACCGAGACGGGCGCUUCGAUGGCCUUCCAGGGCUAUUUCCAAUCACGGCCUGCUGGAAUUUACCGUUAUACCGUUGCUCUAGACGGCACAUUCGAGAACCGAAAGUUGUUUGCCCACGUAACUGUUAGGAUCGCAGACGGAAUCCAUUGUGAUAAUAAGGGCAACGUCUAUGCGGGAUGCGGCGAUGGCGUCAAUGUGUGGAAUCCAUCCGGUGUGCUUCUUGGCAAGAUCUUCACUGGAAGAACAGCUGCCAAUUUCCAGUUUACGGGUGACGGGCGUAUGAUCAUCAUGGGCGCCACUCACCUUUAUUUCGCCACCCUGGGAGCAAAAGGUGCAGAGCUGUCUUGGUGA